UGUGUCUGUGUCCUCCUGCAAACACACACCGCCUGCAGUGCAACUGCUGUCUAUCUGAUCUGAACUGACAUGGCCCUCGAGCAAUGUGUGUGUAUGCAUGCACGCGUACGCACACACAUGCACGCAAACGCACGAAAAGAUCCUUUACAUCUCCUGAGCUAUAAUGGAGAAACAUCUGAGCAGUAAGAUUUUUCAGUGGAGUUGAAGACACACGCGUGUUGAUUUAUUCAUGAAGAUCUUCUGGUGUAUUUGAGCGUCUGAUGGCUUUGACACAGAUUUGCACUUUGCUGAUGGUUGUGUCGUGCGCUGGAGAGAUCUCACGUGUUCAUCUGCAGCGGUGUGUUGCUCUGACUGCUGUCAGGUCCUGUUACAUCCAAAAACAGGGGGUCCUUAAAAAACCCAGAUGAGAGGCGAGAUAACAUCUAAACCAGAGGUCCUGAAGAUCUGCUCUCCUGAAGGGUUCAGCUCAUCAAGAAACUGUUUUAUUAUCUAUCAGAGCCUCAUUAAUAAAACACAAUAUUUAUUUUCUGUCUUUAUAGUGCCGAGAGAGAGAGAGAGAGAGACCUGUGCCAGCCAAUCAGCUCUCAUUUUCAGCUAACAGACACCCCUGCACAUCCAAUCACAGCUUGUAUGUGAGUGAGUAGGCGUGGCUUGCGUUCCAGCAGGGUUACUAUGCAGCUGUGGGCGGGGCUUGAGCGCUGGAGUGGCAGUGCUGUGGAGCGGAGGAGAGAGACGGCAUUGUGUUAUCCGACUGCGCUGCGUGGAUCUGACUGCAGCUCUGCAUGCUUGCAUGCAUGCACGCGCGUGUGCUCAUGUGUGCCAGCGACUGCUGCAUAGCUUCUUCUUCUUCAUCGUCAUCAUCAUCUUCUUCUUUUUCAUCUGGUGUUCAGCGUAAUUCCACAUCAGCAUCCAGGCACGAUCCUGCUCAUCUGUUGCCGUGGUGAUGGGCUGUCGACUGUCAGGGCCGUGGAUGGGCGACGGGAUGGGGGUUCACGGUCGGGAUUUAAGUCACCUGCAGAAACGAGAGGCCUUCCGUAUCCUGGCCAGCUAUGAGCAGCCAAUCACGCUUCAGAUUGAGGGACGAGGUGGGCGGAGCCUGCAGUAUAACAGAACGAUGGAGUGCAGUACGCAGACGGAAAGGUCGUGGGAUCCUCUUCAUCUUGACUCGUGUACCGUACCUCGACUGCCGCACUCCGACAGGUCUUACUAUAAUCACAUGACCCUGCCGGUUAACCGUAGAGAUGGGAGCAGGUAUGAAUAUCUGCCGAACUCAUCCAGAGACCUACAGCACAGAGAACGACCGUCAUAUCAUGACCCAGAGUUCUCCAGUAGAACAUCAAAAAGCCAAAACUGUCUGAUCCGCUGCUGUAACAGCAACCUGGAGGAACCCAGAAGCUUCCAGAGUCAGACUGAUGAUGAAGAUUAUAUGAUGGAGAAACCGCUGGGUUACCUCCCCCUACAUCACGAGCUGGACAGCGGACUCGGCUGGACGGACGGCAGUUUUCAUCAGGGUGAAUUGUCUGGGGUGGAGACGGAGGAGGGGCUGGAGGAGUGCCACGCCCAUAGAGGAGGAGGAGGAUCACCCUCAUCAGAGUCCUUCAUGUCAUCUGAAUUAAGCGACUCGGGGUUCUACAGCGUCAGCACCGGCGAGUUCCUACGCUUCCAGCGUUUACUCGAGAAACGCAUGCGUCAUUACAAUGCUCGCAUGCACCACCAGGGGGAGUCGUGUUCGCGCGCGAGCGGAGGGACAGUCAGAUUAAACACCGCGAGCUGGAGGCCAUCCCGGAGGCGUUGACG